UAAUGGAUGCGAAGCUGGCUUAAUAGGAAGGUAUUGCGACAAAAUGCCAAAAGUCAAAAUUAAGAAUGCAAAAUUGUUAAUUUAAAGCAAAGUUCCUGUUCCGUUCAACUCUGCAAGAGCAUGAAAAUUGCAAGGAAUUGAUUGGAAUUCGAAGAAGUGAUCAAUUUUAAGAAACUUUGGGAUAGUGAUAUUGCAUAUAUGGGUUCAUCUUUGAGAUUUUAAUGACCAAUUAGCAAACAUCGUAAAAAGCUAUCGUCUAUGCAACCCUUUCCCUUAGCAACGGCAAUGUCCACAACAAACCGGCUGGCCAAUUGCCUAGGCAACGCCCAAUCAUAACAAAUGUUAUAAUCGUAGAAUUUUGUUAAGUAAAUGCCACACGAAAAUUAAUAAUAAUAGGAAAGAAACAAUAGAUAAUGAGUGCUACGCAAGCGGAAGACAAACGAGCUGCCAGCACGGCGGAGAUCGCAACGGCUCCGCCGCCGCCUCCCACAGCCGCCGGCAGGCCGCCCACCUCGCAGCUCUUUUCGGUAGGUGCAAAACAGGUGCAGAACUAAUUAAGAGAGCGGAUUUGAGGGAGUUUUGUGUAUGGUUUUUCAGCGGGGCAAUCUGGUUAGCAGUCGCACGGGCGGCGACAAGACGGCGCUGGCCAGACCCUCGACUGCGGUGCGGGCCGUGGGUUAUGCGGCCAGCACGAGCGGCUCGGCGGGUCAACGGUUCGAUCAAUUCUUUCUGGAGAAGGUCAAGCAGCAGACGCUGUCCUCGGCCAAUGCCGCCGUUGACGCGGCCAAGGAGGUUAAUCCACAGAUCAAGUACAAGAACAUGGAGGUGAAAAUUGUGAAACUCUUGGAGUCCUCAAUUGUGCUAGCAGCGCGCAGUUUAUCGAAUCGCACAAGUGGUUCGUCCAAUACGGAAAUGAAAUCCGCACUGGCCGAGGCUCUGAACAAGGCUAAGGAUGCAUCCUCGUUGGAUCGCAUACUGCAUCAUGAACAGGAUAAACAGGGCGAAAAUGUUUUCCACAACUUUGACUUGACCUAUGCGGUAUUCUUCAAUUUGGCCGAACAAUACGAGCACAAUGACAUGCACAUCGAGGCCCUGAACACGUACAACAUCAUGACGAAGAACAAAAUGUUUCCGCAUGUGAAUCAACUGAAGCUGAACAUGGGCAACAUCUACUUCAAGAUGGGAAUGCACAAGAAGGCCAUCAAAAUGUAUCGGAUGGCUUUGGAUUCGGUGCCGAAUACACUGAAGCAGCUGCGCUUGAAAAUUACCGAGAAUAUUGGAGUAUUAUUUGUGCGGAUGGGCCAGUAUGCGGAUGCUGCGUCCAGUUUUGAGUUUAUCAUGUCAGAACGCGCGGACAUUCGCAGCGGCAUCCACCUGCUGCUCUGCUACUAUGCCAUGGGCGACGUGGACAAAAUCAAGAGCACCUUCCGCAGCCUGUGCGAUGUGCAGCCCGUCGAAACCGAGCGCGACUUGGAGAACGAGAAUAAUAUAAUACGUUUGCAGCAGCAGGCGGAGCAGGCCGGACAAAUGGGCGCGGAUCCGAUGCCUGCUGCCAGCAACCAGGCAGCCGAGGUGGCCAUUAUUGAUGCUGAGGGCAACAGCUCCUACGAGCAGGUGACCGAGCCCAACAAGAGCUCUGCGAAUGCCAAAAAUCGUUACGUCCUGCAGGCCCUCAAAACGGACGAGCUGGCCAUUUAUACAAAGCAAAGGCGCAACACGGAGAAGCGUUCCAUUACAAUGAUUGUCGAUCUGAUCUCCCCGCUGAUCGAGGAGAACUACAAUGAUGGCUACAACUGGUGCAUUGAGGUGAUACGGACAUCGAAUCUGUCCUGGCUGGCCAACGAGCUGGAGCUGAACAAGGCGCUCGUCUAUCUGCGCCAAAACGAUGUCAACCAGGCAAUCGAGACGCUGCAAAUGUACGACCGCAAGAGCGAGAGCUCCAUGACGGCCAGUGCGCUGACGAAUCUCAGUUUCAUCUACAUCAAUCUGGGCAACCUGGAGAUGGCCACGCACUGCCUCAACCAGCUGCAGGAGCUCGGAGCACUGCAGACGAGCGUCUUGGCGCUGGUCAAUGCCAGCAUUGUGGACAUGCGGAGUCAGAAUCUGAGCUCGGCUAGGGAGCGGCUGCAGCGUGCCUUGCAGCUGGAUCCCAGCAGCUUUGAGGCCAACUACAAUUUGGGUCUGCUGGCGCUGCAGCAGCAGGAUUUCGAGCUGGCCGAGGAACAGUUUGAGCUGCUGAAGGCGCAGCUCAUGGAGCCGCAUUCGGUGCAGCACAGCCAUGUCUACUACCAGCUGGCCAAGCUGCAGGAGCGGCGUCUGAGCAAUGCCUCUGCGGGCGGCUUCAAGUCCAGCGCCUCGCCUGGCGCACUCCAGGCAUAUCUGCAGGUGCUGGGCAUCUCGGCCGCCGACAUUGACUCCCGCCUGUUCGAGAAGGUGGGCAGCAUGUACGAGCAGCGGCAGGAUCACCAGGAGGCCAAUCAGUACUACAACGAGGCCUAUCGCAUCAACAUGAGCGACAUCAGCAUUGCCAGCUCCAUUGGCUCCUACUACAUCAAGCUGCAGGCCACGGAGAAAGCGCUCUAUUACUAUGAGCGGGCGGUGCUAGCGGAUCCCAAUGAUCCGAAUCUGAUGCUGCGCAUUGCCAGCUGUUUUCGCAACUCUUAUCUACCGCCGAAGCAAUAUCUGGGCAUGUUCGAGAAGAUAUAUGCGCGCUUUCCGGACAACCUGACCUGUGUGCGCGCCCUGAUGCAGGUGACCAAAUCGCUGGGCAUGAGCGAGCUGCACGAACGGUAUGGCCAGGAGUAUGCCAGACUGCACAAACAGCAGCAGGAACGACAGAACGAACAGCUCUAUCAGCAGCAGCGUCUUUCCUCGGCCACCUCCGGCAGGGGCAGCAGUCGUUUGAGAACAGUGCGUCCAUCGAACGAGGAGCGUCUACAGGAGAACGGCGAUAUCUCGGCAACACUCGUUUCCAACUCACGGAUGGGCUACAAUGGCGAUCAGUUCCUGCAAAGCGGCAACUCCUACUCGGUCAAACAGUAUGUGGAUCCUUUGGGUCCACCGGCCGAACGUCCUCGCACCGGUAUGCAUCGUGCGCAGCAGAGCAACGACUCCGAUGAUGAUGCAGAAAUGAACGCCGACAGCUUAUUGCCCAUUUAAUAACAUUUAAUACAAAUUAUCUUAUAAAUAAUGGCAAGAUCUCUUAAAUUCAACAGUCGCUCGGCACUUACAACUUUUGGAAAUGAUUGUAAUUAUUAUUAAUUUUCCAAACAUUAAUGUUUCAUAAAUAAUAUAGAUUUCAAUAAUUAUUCGUUAACUUUAUAAUUAGCGAACGACGACUGAAUUUAUGAACUGGGGAGGGUUGCUCCUAAGGAAAAACAUUUAAAUUUUCUCGCUAACGUGCAAGCAGUUCACCUGCCCGUCGUAAGCAGUGUAUCACACGCACUGCUUUCACGCGCUCCAAUUGGAAACACUAUAUAGUUAACCUGAUACACUGCUCGUUUAAUGGGCGUCCAAUUGGAAACUAUUUUGGUUUAUCGUUUAUUACGCAAAAGGUGGCAAAUAAUACAUAAUUUGUAGCUGUUUACUAAUUAACUGUUUACAAUUUAAAAUCAAUAUAUAUAUUUAAUUAAAAUGCUACUAUCCUUUCGUUUGUUGCUGUUGUUGUCAUUCACGUAAUAACCGUUACCUGCCUCAGUGUCGUUUUUAUUUCUGUUCGCUGGCUUUUAUUUCACCUUUGACACGCUCAUAAAAUGUAUUUUCUUUUUUUAAUAUGCGUAUUGUGAAUUAAAUUGUUUGUGUCGCAAAUGUGAUAAAAAAAGAUGCCAUUUGAUAUUUAGAUAGUAAAGUAAGAUAAGUAUAAGAAUGCCACGUUCACACAUACAGACAGAUUUUCAGUUGUUUGAUAUUUUUCAUUUAACUCUUGCUCUCAGCUAUGCGCGUAAUCAAUUUGGACGAGAAACAAAACAAAACCGAAUAGUUAUAAGGACCGUUUACAAAUUAUAUAUGUAUGUUACACAACAAAUGUCUAAUUUCCUUCAUUCUUUCGUACAGUGCCUGCCAAUUACAAAAUCAAUCU